GUAAGGCCCGCCUUCCGCUCGCCCCGCGCGGCAGGCAGGUCUCGAGGACCCGAGCGUCUGGGAGCCCCUUCCUGGUGGCGGCGGCGGCGGGGCGGUGAGGGUCUUCCCGCUGUGGUCGGGCUGCGGGCGGCUCGGGCAGGUCGCGGGCGCCACAGGUGGAAGAAGAAAGGUGCCACUUUGGCAUGAAGACAGACUCACUUAGUCGUCGAUCUUUUAAGCUGAGUGCAUUGUGAUUUCCAAUAAUUGAGGCAGUGGUUCUAAAAGCUGUCUACAUUAAUGAAAAGAGCAAUGUGGCCAGCUUGACUAAGCCGCCAGUGUGUGCAGCGUGGGCAGGACGGCACCGGGUCUCGACGGACUUGUGCAUGUUAGCAGUAUAGAUUUAUGUAAGGUGGUUUAAAACUCUGGUCUUUUAAAAUAGUCUUAACUGCUCAUAAUAUGGAGACGUAUGAGAGUCCCUCUCCUCUCCCGCGUGAGCCCGCAGGAGAAGCGAUGAUGGAGAACAGAGCUUGCCCCUUCCAAGCGCUGCCCCAUGAACAGUCUCCACCACCUCCCCUGCAAACGUCCAGUGAUGCAGAGGUAAUGGACGUUGGCUCUGGUGGUGAUGGACAGUCCGAACCCCCUGCCGAGGACCCAUUCAACUUCUACGGAGCUUCUCUUCUCUCCAAAGGAUCCUUCUCUAAGGGCCGCCUCCUCAUAGACCCGAACUGUAGUGGCCACAGCCCGCGCACCGCCCGGCACGCACCUGCGGUCCGGAAGUUCUCCCCUGACCUUAAGUUGCUUAAGGAUGUAAAGAUUAGCGUGAGUUUUACUGAGAGCUGCAGGAGUAAGGACAGGAAGGUGCUGUACACAGGAGUAGAGCGCAGCUCUCGGGCUGAAUGUAGCCUGCUCCUUAGUCCUGUCAGUGGGGACUUGCAUGCUUGUCCCUUUGGCGGGAGUGUUGGUAAUGGGGUAGGCAUAGGGGGUGAGAGUGCAGAUAAGAAGGAUGAGGAGAAUGAGCUGGAUCAGGAAAAGAGAGUGGAGUAUGCAGUGCUCGAUGAGUUAGAAGAUUUUACUGACAAUUUGGAGCUAGAUGAAGAAGGAGCAGGCGGGUUCACGGCUAAAGCAAUCGUUCAAAGAGACAGAGUGGAUGAAGAGGCCUUGAAUUUCUCCUAUGAGGAUGACUUUGACAAUGAUGUGGAUGCUCUGCUAGAAGAAGGUCUUUGUGCACCCAAGAAGAGGCGAAUGGAGGAAAAAUAUGGGGGGGACAGUGAUCAUCAGUCUGAUGGAGAGACAAGUGUGCAGCCAAUGAUGACCAAGAUUAAAACAGUGCUCAAAAGUCGUGGCCGUCCACCUACAGAGCCAUUGCCCGAUGGAUGGAUCAUGACCUUCCAUAACUCUGGAGUCCCUGUGUAUCUGCACAGAGAGUCUCGGGUGGUCACGUGGUCCAGACCCUACUUCUUGGGAACCGGAAGCAUACGGAAACACGAUCCUCCUCUAAGUAGUAUCCCUUGCCUGCAUUAUAAAAAAAUGAAAGACAAUGAGGAACGGGAACAAAUCUCUGAGCUCACCCUCAGCGGGGAGGUGUCACCUCUGAAACCCCUGGGUCGAUCUGCAGAGCUGGACUUCCCCCUGGAAGAGCCUGAUUCCAUGGGCGGAGACUCGGGGCCCCUGGAUGAGAAGGACCCCCUGGGGGCUGAGGCAGCCCCUGGAGCCCUGGGACAAGUCAAGGCUAAAGUUGAGGUGUGCAAAGAUGAGUCAGUUGAUCUGGAGGAAUUUCGGAACUACCUGGAGAAACGUUUUGACUUUGAGCAAGUAACUGUGAAAAAAUUCAGGACUUGGGCUGAGAGGCGUCAGUUCAACCGUGAGAUGAAGCGGAAGCAGGCUGAGUCAGAGAGGCCCAUCCUGCCAGCCAACCAGAAGCUCAUCACUUUAUCUGUGCAAGAUGCACCCACAAAGAAAGAGUUUGUCAUCAAUCCCAACGGGAAGUCUGAGGUCUGCAUCCUACAUGAGUACAUGCAGCGUGUCCUCAAGGUCCGCCCUGUUUAUAAUUUCUUUGAAUGUGAGAACCCAAGUGAGCCUUUUGGUGCCUCGGUGACCAUUGAUGGUGUGACUUACGGAUCUGGAACUGCAAGCAGCAAAAAACUUGCGAAGAAUAAAGCUGCCCGGGCCACACUGGAAAUUCUCAUCCCUGACUUUGUUAAACAGACCUCUGAGGAGAAACCCAAAGACAGUGAAGAACUAGAGUAUUUUAACCACAUCAGUAUUGAGGAUUCACGAGUCUAUGAGCUGACCAGCAAGGCCGGGCUAUUGUCUCCAUAUCAGAUCCUCCACGAGUGCCUUAAAAGAAACCAUGGAAUGGGUGACACAUCCAUCAAGUUUGAAGUGGUUCCUGGGAAAAACCAGAAGAGUGAAUAUGUCAUGGCUUGCGGCAAACACACAGUGCGAGGGUGGUGUAAGAAUAAAAGAGUUGGGAAACAAUUAGCCUCUCAGAAAAUCCUUCAGCUGCUGCAUCCACAUGUCAAGAACUGGGGGUCCUUACUGCGCAUGUAUGGCCGUGAGAGCAGCAAAAUGGUCAAGCAGGAAACCUCUGACAAGAGUGUGAUAGAGCUGCAGCAGUAUGCCAAGAAGAACAGGCCGAACCUUCACAUCCUGAGCAAGCUGCAAGAGGAGAUGAAGAGGCUGGCUGCAGAGCGGGAGGAGACUCGGAAGAAGCCCAAGAUGUCAAUUGUAGCAUCUGCUCAGCCAGGUGGUGAGCCUCUGUGCACAGUGGAUGUAUGAGGUAGGCAGUGGCAUGGACUGAUUAUCAACAGUGCUAACCCAGGAGACCAUCAGCCACACUCCGUCACUCUGCAGCACCGGGCCUCCAACCUAAGUUCUUUCCCUGUGGCAGUAUCUGCAUCCUGGCUCUGGCACAUGGGGAUAGCUGUGGUUACACAGCACACAUGCAAAACAGCAGUUUUCCCUGGAAGCUGCUCUCCAUGUGACUGGAUAUAUUUAAGGAUCAAUUCUAAACAACUGCACAAGUGGAAGCUGAUAGACAGCUGUAGAUCCUGCUUGUAUGUAUCUGCUGCGGACUGUUUUUAAUCAAAUUUUUCAUGAAUUUUAGUACACUAUAUGCACUGACAUGAAAUGAUUCUCAGUUGACAGAUAAGAUAACCAAGUUUUAUGGCUUUGGCUAGACUGUGAUGCCAGGUGGCCCCUGUGCUCACGGUUCUCCUGGAACUACUGGGACCUGGCCAGAAGUCCUCUCACCUGCCUUGUGUUUUCCAUUUUCCUCUGAAAAAGUUAUAGCAGAAAGGAGUAUUUCAGGCUAUAACUUAAAAUAAACACAGUUUUAGCACCAGAACUACUUUUCGGAGAUUACAGGUGAACCAUCAAGGCACUGAUUCUUCAGCCAUUGCCAGUGAAAAUGUCCACCAGUCUCCCUGCGUGUCAGCCUGGCUGGCUGCUGGGUUGCAGUGUACCUUUUUGAUCAAGUCUUAAUUGCCCUAACAGCUGCUUCCCUGGACAUUGAAGCCCUCGCCUUCGUUAAACUCUAGCAACAGUUUUUUUACAAAGAUUUUUGCACAGUCAAGUCUAUCUGUCCACCCAUGAAUUUUUAAAGCUUUUAUGAUGUUUUAGAAUUUGGAAAGAAACCUCUACAGUGAGAAUAGAAGGUAGAUUUAGAAUCAUACAUUUUAGCAGGUGGACUUGUUUAAAUAAGAAACAAGGGACUUCGGUGCAGUCCAUCACUGAUCAAGAGCUGGCUUUGUACAUGAUGCAUUAUUAUGGCUUUUAUAUUUCAAGGGUAGCUGCUCUGUGCAGCCAGGCCUAGUGCUCAGUUGAUCUUUGGCUAUCACCCAUGCUUGUUGGAUGGGUAUUGAGUAGAGGUGUGUUCAGAACCCUAAUCUUGGCCAAAUGUUGGCCUAGCCCUGUGCUUUUGGGGUACCAGAAGCAGAAGCUCAGCAUUGGGCUGAACCUUCAUGUUACCUGUUUGUCUCCCACUAUAACUUACAGGUGGCAUGUGGUGUCAGGAAGACAGAAUGGUGGCUCUGGGCUUCCCAGUGUAUCCCUCCUCCCUAAUCACUGUGUAAUUGAGGUUGGCUUCCAUGUUAACCUUUAAAAAAGAACCCUCUAAAAUCAAAUUGUUAUAGACACUUGGCUUCUGUCUUGCCUCCCAUUCAUAGCUGUGAAUAGUUAUUUGACUGACCAUUGCCCUUAAAACAGCCAGGUUCACGACUGAGAACUAAAACUUUGGGCACAUGGUUUAUGGUGAGCCUCUCUGCAGCCCUACAGGUGCUGCUACACACUUGCAGUCUUCAGUGUCUUUCCUGUCCCCUACAUGUGGAUGAGUCUUAGGUGCAUAUAGCCAUGCUACAAGGCCAGGAGCUUGUACUAAUGCUGCUUCUGUGUGCUGGCCAUGGUUAUAGAGUGAACCCUGAUGGUCUGAACACUCAUAAAACUGUCCAAAAGGGAA